UGUCAAGUUAUUUCAAUUAAAUACCUCAAGUCAAUUUUCUAAUGACAUAAUUAUCAUUUCUAAGGAUCGAUUGAUUAUUUGACAUAAAAUCGAAAAUAUGAUUCAAUAAAUAUGUAGCAUCAAUAGUCCUAUGAUUAACGAAUCAUUUAGUAGUCAUAUAAAUCAAUGAUGAACAUUUUGAAUAGCUGUUUCGCUAGUCGCUUUAGUCGUGUUGCAUUGACAUGCUGCAAAGAGAAGCCGCCGGGUGCGGUGAGUGCCCUCCCAAGCGGCCACAAGCUUAUACCAUGUCGGACUCAAAUACAUAAAGCUCUUCCAGUUAAGUGUUCUGGGAAAUUGCAAUUAUCAUCCGGUCUAACAAUGUGGACUCAAGUGCGAUUCCAAAAAGAGUGUCCCCGUUUGCACCGCGACAUUAAUUUCCCAAAUUUCGACGCCUACAGGAAAGAUGAUUAUCUUGAUGUUAGAAGAACUAAUUGGGGCUCAGGUGACGGCAAGCCCGGUUAUACUUACAUCGUUAGUGUCUUUGGUCUGAUAGGAGCUACCUAUGGUGCGAAGUCAGUGGUGACUCAUUUUAUUUCAUACAUGUCUGCGGCUGCGGACGUCCUCGCCUUGGCUUCUAUAGAAGUAGAUCUAUCUAAGGUAGCAGCCGGCGGCACUGUUUCCUUCAAAUGGAGAGGCAAGCCUCUUUUUGUCAAAAACAGAACUCAAUCCGAUAUAGACUCUGAAGCUAACACUCCAAUGUCGGCCCUACGCGACCCUCAAACUCCGGAACAGCGUGCUCCAAACUCUGAGUGGCUCAUCGUUAUUGGUAUCUGUACUCAUUUAGGGUGUGUGCCCAUUCCAAACUCCGGUGAUUGGCCGGGGGGUUUCUAUUGCCCUUGCCACGGCAGCCAUUACGAUAAUAUCGGAAGAAUUCGGAAAGGACCAGCGCCCUUGAAUUUGGAAAUACCACCUUACAAAUUUAUUAGUGAAACUUUAGUUUUAGUAGGGUAGUUUUGUGUGAAUGUUUUGUGAAAUGUUACCAUUAAAUACCUACGUAUA